CCGUUCCUGGCCCCGCCCCCUCGCGCCCAUUGGCUGUUCCGGGGAGGCCCCGCCCCCUUUUCCCGCCGUCCAAUCAGCGCUCGGGGGCGGGGCCGCCGCGAUUCGAGGCGGAAGCGGCGCCGCGCGGGGGGGGGGAGGGGCGGCGACAGCGCCGCGAUCGCGACAGAGGCGACAGAAGCGCCCCGGUGCCACCCCCGGGGCCGGCAGAGCCCCCCCGCAGUCGCGACAGUGUCGCCAUGCCGCGCCGCCUGCUGUCCCUGCUGCUGGCCCCCACGCGGCUGCUGCUGGCCGUGCGGGGGUUGGUGGCCCGGGGGGCGCUGUUGGUGGCCGCGGUGGCCUCGGCCGCGGCCUUCGGGCUCUGGGCGGCGGCGCUGCUGCUGCGCCUCGGGCCCCGCGCGACGCUCGAGUGGCACCGCAGGGACGCGGCCCCGCCCGGGCUGGCGGACGGAACGUUCGGGGAGCACCGGCACCUGCGGCUGCAGGGCUCGGGGCUCCGCCUCCAUUACGUCACUCGGGGUCCCCCCGACGCCCCCCUGAUGCUGCUGCUGCACGGCUUCCCCCAGAACUGGUUCUGCUGGCGCCACCUGCUGCAGGAGUUCGGGUCCCGUUUCCGGGUGGUGGCGCUGGACCUGCGCGGCUGCGGCGACUCGGAGAAGCCGCCGGGGAGGGACAGUUACCGGCUGGAGCUGCUGCUCGGGGACAUCCGCGACGUCAUCGAGGCGCUGGGGACACCGGCGGGGACCCCGCGCUGCGUCCUGGUGGGACACGACUGGGGAGGGGUCCUGGCCUGGGAGGUGGCGUCGAGUCACCCGCAGCUGGUGGAGAAACUGGUGGUGAUGGACGCGCCACAGCGGGGGGUGAUGGCAGCGUUCACAGCCCGUCACCCGUCGCAGCUGCUCCGUUCCUGUUACAUUUUCCUGUUCCAGCUGCCCUGGCUGCCCGAGCUGCUCCUGUCCCUGGGUGACUUCCAGCUGGUGAGGACGUUCCUGACCAGUGAGCUGACCGGGAUCCAGGACCCGGCGCGGCGGCUCUCGGAGCAGGAACUGGACUCGUACCUGUUCGGGCUCUCCCAGCCCGGGGGGCUCAGCCCCCCCCUGCACUUCUACCGAAACCUCUUCCGGGACACCCCGAUCCCCCGCGAGCCGCCCCCUCCCCCCACGCUGCUGCUCUGGGGUUCCCGUGACGCGUUCCUGGACCCGCGCCUCGGCCCCGCCCACCUGCGCUGGCUCCGCCCCUCGGCGCGGCUCCGCCUCCUGCCCGGCGCCUCCCAUUGGCUGCCCGAGGAGCGGCCCCGCCCCCUGGCCAAGCUGAUUGGAGAGUUCCUGGAGGGCGGGGCCGAGGCGGGUCCUAGCCACGCCCAUAUCGGGGGGGCAAGGGCGGGGCUUGGGGCGGUCUCAACAUCUGGCAGGUGAUGGGACACCCCCAACAUCUGGAAUGGACGCGAACAUCUGGGAGAGGACCCUGGGGGUGAUGGCACACGCCAACAUCUGGAUGAGGAUGUUAAAAUUUGGGUGCGGAGCUCAACAUCUGGGUGGGGACCCCGAUAUUCGAAUCCGACGCGCUCGUCUUCCUGGUUCGGGCGGCGCUUUCUUCUGAUUGGUUCGCACUUGUGCCAAUCAAAUCGAUAAACCAAUCGAAGCGCGGCUGAGUGCG